AUGUCCGCCAGUCGGUCCAACUUGAAGACCUCCCUUCCUUCGGCUCAUGCUGCUUCCACCCAGGCUUCGUCCAGCAUGCGCCGCGCGCCCAAGUCCAAUAUAUCGCGCCAGCAAAAAGGACAGCCCACGAACAAGCCAAACACUGAUCCACGUCACCUCGCCAUAGCUUUACAUCAUGCGCACCGUAUUCAGGCUCAAAAAGAUACCGAAUCUCUUAUUUUGGAUCGCAUUCUCGAACUCGUCACGUUUCCGUCCUCGCCUUCUGCGGAUCCUGCUUCUCCGUCACCUGAAGAUGCCCAGGCUUUCAAAUCAGCUUUGAUACCCUUCCAGCCAACAGACUACGAUAAUUUGAUCCAAGAGCGGAAUAUUGAGGGUCUCUGUGGAUACGGUCUAUGCCCUCGCGAGCACCGUAAGGACGACUCUCGUGGUACUUAUCGCAUAACGUGGGGUGCCAAAGGGAGUGGUCCCGGUGGUCGGGGACGGGAUAUGAACAUAGUUCCUCGUGAGAAGCUUGAGAUGUGGUGUUCGGAUGAGUGCGCUGAACGAGCUUUGUAUAUACGGGUACAGUUAGCCGAGGAGCCGGUAUGGGAAAGGCGUGCCGAUGACGCCCGGGGCAAGAAUCUUCUCUUGCUUGAGGAGGGGAGAGCAAUGGCGCCAGGAGGGAAAGGUAAGGCGAAAAGCUCUGCGACGGUAGGGGAAGUUACUGGUCAAUUGGACAAUUUGCAUAUGAGCACCACGCCAGGUUCGAGCAACUUAGCAGGUGACAUGUCCAAACUCUCUGUUCGUGAUGUUGCUCACUCCCAUGAGCUCGCCUUGGAACGCGGGGAUGCAAACCCGGCAUUACGGGCCGGGCGAGUAGAUGUCCGGAUCCAAGAGAAGGAUGAUUUAGCUUAUGAACACGUCACAGCACCAGAGAUGCGCCCAGGAGACGACAAAGGAGGAUCUAUUGAAGGCUACACGCCUCAAGAAUUUUAG